UUUACUUAAGUGUUCAGUUUCGUUCGAGGUUUCAAUCUUUGAAGUUCAUUAAUUUUGUAUCGGCCAUCGGUGUACUGUCAUUGUCAAGGUUUACAUAGUUAUUUUUGAACUUACAAAUUUAUUCAAAAAUGGCAAUAAUGAAUAGUUUUUUGGUUGUAACUUUGCUUGUGUUACUUGCAGUUGGAAGUCUUAAUGGACAAAGGUCUGGCGGUCCUUGUGUUACUCAGCGAAAUGAUCGUGGCGUUUGUGUUCCAAUUCUAACAUGUGGAACAAUUACACAGCUUUUAAAUUCUUCACCAAGACCAUUACCAGCUUCUGUGUCAUAUUUGGUGCGAAGAUCACAUUGUGGCACAUUUAAUAAUGUUCAUCAUGUUUGCUGCGAACCGAGAACAGUUACUGGUGGAGAAGCAAUUAUCUCACCUGCUACUACUGCAGCACCACCACCUCCAACGUCCUCAACUUCUUCUUCUUCUUCCAAUUCCAUAAUACGUGCUGGCAGUGAGAAAUCCGAGAAUGAAGUACGAGCAGGAAUAGCUAUAUUAGAAAGAACCACAUGUGGAAAGAGCGAUGCUGAUAGGGUGGCUAAUGGAGAAGAUGCUAAUCUCUCCGAAUACCCAUGGAUGGCUUUGAUUGUUUAUUUCGAUGGUAUUUCCAGAACACUUGACUGCGGUGGAACAUUGAUUCAUGAGAGAUAUGUUCUAACUGCCGCCCACUGUAUACGCGCCAAUAGUAAACGAGUGGUAAGUGUCCGCUUGGGUGAACAUGAUAUCGAUUCAACUGAAGACUGCACCGGAGCUGGUACAAAAAGAAGGUGUGCUCCCCCAAUACAGGAAAUUGACGUUGAAGAGGCAAUCUAUCAUAAGGACUACAAUCCUAGUAGAUUCUCCGAUGACAUUGGAAUGUUACGACUUGUCAGAAAUGUAGAAAUUGCUAGCAAUGUCAAACCAAUAUGCCUGCCCGUAACACCAGCUUCCAGACAGGUUAAUUUAAACCGUAUGAUUAUUUCCGGCUGGGGUCGAGUUGAAAGUGGCGUUAAGGCUAACGUUUUGCAGAAAGCUUCAGUUCCAAUAAAAACCAUUGAUUAUUGUCAACAAGUCCACACUGUUUUGAGACUAACUCAAAAACAACUCUGUGCUGGCGGAGAAAAUGAAAUUGAUACGUGUAAAGGUGAUUCCGGUGGACCAUUGUUUUAUCCUGCACCUUAUAAGAAGGCCCUACGUUACAUACAAUAUGGUAUUGUUUCGGCUGGAAGUGUUUUGUGUGGUUCGAAUUAUCCUGGGAUUUAUGUGCGAGUUGAGGCGUAUUUGCCUUGGAUUGCUAGUAAUAUGAUUUCAGCUUGAAUUUCUCAUUUAAGUUUUGUUCUCAAAAAUAUGAUGCAUUUAGUUUUAAUAAAAACAAAUUUUUUAAAUAUAAAAAUA